GUGCACGUGAGGCCGCGGGAGGGGUGGGCGCGCCGCGGCUCAGGUGCGACCGAGGAGUGCCUCCCAGAAGCCCUCCUCCGGCCGCGGGGAUCGGAUUCGCGAGGGCCGCGAGGGCGGCGAGGUCAAGACCCCUUCCGCGCCUUCCCCUGACCCGCCCCGCGGCGGUCGCGAUGCCGUAGAGACGCGGGUGCGGGGCCGAGCGGGGGCAUGCUGGCCCCGGCGGCGGGGCGCGGGUGGCAGCGCGCGGGGGCCCCAGCGGCGCCCGGCCCGGGGCGCUCGGGGGCCGGAUGGCAGAGCCCACGCGCGCCGCGGAGCUGGGGAGGUUUGCGCUUCGCUCGCCGCGCUGCAGGGAGGGCGCGGUGCCAGCAGCGAGCGCCCAGAGACCCAAAAAGAAAGCUUUUUAUUUGCUGAAGAUGAAGCCCCUGAAGGAGCCCGCCCCCAACAACAACAACGUGUCCUUUGUGAUCCAUUGUCAACUAGGCAAGGAGAUCAAACACAUUUGCAGCAACUGCAGUCGGGGGGAGGACGCCCGGGACGCUGAGGAAGUGGAGAGGCUGGCGGCCAUGCGUUCCGACUCCCUUGUCCCAGGCACACACACCCCUCCCAUCCGGAGGAGAAGUAAGUUCGCCAACCUGGGAAGGAUCUUCAAGCCUUGGAAGUGGAGAAAGAAGAAAAGCGAGAAGUUCAAGCACACAUCCGCAGCCCUGGAAAGGAAAAUAUCAAUGAGGCAAAGCAGAGAGGAGCUGAUAAAACGAGGGGUUCUGAAGGAAAUCUAUGAUAAAGACGGGGAGCUCUCCAUAUCGAACGAAGAUGAUUCGCUGGAAAACGGACAGUCCCUGAGCUCCAGCCAACUGUCUCUGCCAGCCCUAUCCGAAAUGGAGCCGGUCCCCAUGCCCAGGGAUCCCUGCUCAUACGAGGUGCUCCAGCCUUCAGACAUCAUGGAUGGGACAGUGUCUGAAGAGAGUCCCUCUGCCAGUGAGUCUGGAGUCCUCCUGUCCCAAGAUCCUUCAGCCAAACCAGUCCUGCUACUGCCCCCCAAAAAACCUGCUGCUUUCUCUGGAGACCAUGAGGAGACCCCAGUGAAGCAGCUGUCCCUUCUCAAGCAACCCCCCGCCCUGCCUCCCAAACCCACUGCCAGGAUUGCCAACCACUUAACAGAUCCUGGCGCCCCUGUGAAAUUGCCUUGUCUGCCAGUGAAACUGUCACCGCCGCUACCUCCAAAGAAAGUCAUGAUCUGCAUGCCUGUCGGGGGGCCAGAUCUCUCCCUGGCGUCCUAUGCCGCCCAGAAGAGUGGCCAGCAGAGUGGGGCCCAGCACCACCACACGGUUCUGCCAUCCCAGAUCCAACACCAGCUGCAGUACGGCAGUCUCGGCCCGCACCUCCCCUCCACCACCGGCUCCCUCCCCAUGCACCCCUCCGGCUGCAGGAUGAUUGAGGAGCUGAACAAAACGCUGGCCAUGACCAUGCAGAGGCUGGAAAGCUCCGAGCAGCGGGUCCCCUGUUCCACUUCUUACCACAGCUCCGGUUUGCAUUCGGGUGACGGUGUCUCCAAGGCGGGACCUCUGGGCCUUCCGGAGAUAAGACAAGUGCCAACUGUUGUGAUUGAAUGUGAUGACAAUAAAGAAAAUGUGCCUCAUGAAUCAGACUACGAAGACUCUUCUUGCCUGUACACGAGAGAAGAGGAAGAGGAGGACGACGAGGACGACGACAGCUCGCUGUACACCACCUCCCUGGCCAUGAAGGUGUGCAGGAAGGACUCCUUAGCCAUCAAACUCAGCAACAGGCCCUCCAAGCGGGAGCUCGAAGAAAAGAACAUCCUUCCCAGGCAGACGGACGAGGAGAGGCUGGAGCUGAGACAGCAGAUCGGCACCAAGCUCACCAGGCGGCUGAGCCAGAGGCCAACAGCAGAGGAAUUGGAGCAGAGGAACAUUCUAAAACCUCGGAAUGAACAGGAGGAACAAGAGGAGAAGAGAGAGAUCAAGAGGAGGUUAACUCGAAAGCUCAGCCAAAGACCCACAGUGGAAGAACUUCGAGAAAGAAAGAUCCUCAUCCGUUUCAGCGACUACGUGGAGGUGGCAGACGCUCAGGACUACGACCGCAGGGCCGACAAGCCGUGGACCCGCCUCACCGCCGCCGACAAAGCUGCCAUUCGAAAGGAGCUCAAUGAAUUUAAAAGCACUGAAAUGGAAGUUCAUGAAUUGAGUAGACAUUUAACAAGGUUUCACCGACCUUAACAGUCAAAUUCCUCCUGAGUGCUAUGCUGUCUUCAAAACAUAAAUUUAUAAGAACCAUAAGUGCUGGUAUUUAUUCACUUCCCCAUUAUGAUGUAAAUCUUCUGAACUGCCUUUUUUUAAAAAAGAAGAAGAAAAAUAAAAGGAAACGUGAUCAGGAUUCUCUUUGCGAAAAUGCGAUGGUCACCGCUUGGCGGUCAGAGCCACUGGCGCGACCGCGGAUACUGAGGUCCCCAGCGGGCCAGACGGAAGACGGCCUCUCCAACCAGGCCCGGCGGGCCAGCCUCCUUGAGGCUCGUUUAGGCCCCAGCGAACCUCGUCCCCUGGAGUGUGUGUCACCUGGGUCCAAAGAAAGCCAAGGCAGUGG